CUACUGCUAUCACCGUGUAUGAAUGCGCUUUGACCGGUUACAUCUGUCAAAAUUUGUCAUGUUCGUAACAAUUAGUUUAACUUCUACAAAUGGCAGGAAAUAUGUGAUUUACCAUAAAAAUAAGUUCGAAAACUAAAUAACUGCAAAUUGUUAAUCAAAGCGUUAACUAAACAACGAAAGCAGUCAAGAUGAUGAGAAUUGUUGCAUUGAAUGAAGAAUGCAAUGAAGAGCCGGAAGAUAAAAUUGUGGUUACGAAAGAGGCUCAGGAGGCGAUUGCAGAAGCAGAAUACCUAAAAGCAAUCAAUCUAAAAUGGAAAGGAGACGUGAAAUCGGCACUUUCAUUGUUGAACCAGUUGUUGGAAACUCAAGUGCUCAAUGAGCUGCUAGCAGAGGACACAAGUGGAAAAUUACGUACAAUACGUUACAAUUGCCAUAAAAAUAUAGCUUUUAUAUAUGAAGAAAAGAAUGAGAAUGAAUUGGCGUUGGAAAAUUACAUAAUGGCCACUCAAUUAGACGACACAGAUGUAUACACCAUGCAUCGCAUGGGCCAAUUGGCGUUAAAACUUAACGCCAUAGAGUUGGCAGAAUUCGCCUUCGAGAGAUGUCUGCGUCGUAAUCCAUCACAUUGGGGUGCUGCUGAUGGCAUGUUACGUACACUUUGCGAGAAUCACAAUAUAAUCGGCGCAUAUGGCUAUGCAUUGAAAUUAUAUUCCAAAGAUCCUUCCUAUGAACGGGCUGCACAUAUUCUAUAUGAAAUAUCUGACAUUUUUGAAUCCUCUCUACCGCUUUGUGAAAAUAUGUUCGGGCCAAUGCCCAAAAACUUAAAACCUCUUCCUUCGUGGACGAAGGAGAGUGCUUUCCCGCGAAAAUAUCGAGAGGAGAAUAUUGCAAGCAGUGAAGAAAAUAUGACUAUACCAUUGGAAGUCGCACAAAAGAUACGCGUAAAGGAGUUAAGUUGGGUUUCUGUAGGACUGUAUGUAGUUUCUCUGUAUCAGUACAUGCAAAAAAGCGGCAAAUCAUUAAUUAUGCUUUUAAGCCUAAAAGACAUAUUAGCUGAUAGCACCGAUAGCAACAGCGUGGAAAAGGUCUUACAACAAGAAAGUAACAAUCAGACAGAAAUAAAUACUAUUCCCAAUAGUAAUUCAAACGAUAACAUGGAUGUAGUGCAUGAACCAGACAUGAAUAGUAAUAUUAUUUCAAAUCAAGCUACAACCGAAUUGCCCGUCAUUACCCCACCGACCAGUGACGUAGAGCAAACAAAAAAAGUUUCCGAAAACUCACCAGACGAAGCGGAAGGAUAUGAUAAACCAUCGACAAACUCAGAAACCAAUAAACCAAAACCACGUAGGCGUUGCAGCGAUUUACAUUUCCUAGAGCAAUGGGGUUGGCACAAAAAUAGACGAUAUAAUUCACGAAAAAAGGUUGCAUCCGAUCGAGUUGAAGUAGACACUUCAUUGAAAGGUGUAUUGAGGAAAAUUUUUGCCAAGUACUCAAAUGUUACCAUAGAUGAAGAGUGGCCAUUUGGUUCUUCAAAGGAGAACCACAAAAAUAGUGUUGAGAAAUGUACAACCUGCGUUGGCGCAAUGUCAAAUGUUGAAUUUCAGGAUAUGACCCGUGAAACUUUUACUGAGUUUAUUGCUAAAAUUGAGGCACAAACGUUUGAUCCAUCGAUGUUGGUAUUUGAGUGGCUGAAGUGUAUAUCAUCUUAUUGGACCAAAAGCUUGCCUUUAGACAUAUGCCUUUUAUACUUGGAGUUAUUUUGUAUUUAUUUAGACAACUUUGAUUGUUCACCUUGGAACCAGCAGAGCGUUGAUGCAAUUGAAACAUUUUAUCAGAUCUGUAUUAUGUUUUUGGAAUUAGACUAUACCAUUAAAAAGAUACGGAAUGACGAAUUGUCUCCAAUAUGGAAGCAAGUUUUCGAUCAAUUGGCAUACAGGUCCGGCACUAUUUAUGUAGCGCUCGGUCAAGCAUUCAAUCCGUAUAAAUUGCGACUCAUAAAUUUAGAAUAUUUAUGGUUCAACAUACACAAUGAGCUGGAAAAAUGCAUAGAGUGCUUGGAGCACAUGGCGGAGAUUAUUCAACUAUUCGAUGCAAAUGACUUCAUAUUGCAUUUACCAAAUUUAAGUGCAAAAUGUAUUACAAAAAAUAUUGUGCUUGAAGCACAAAUUGAUUUUAAAAGACGUAUUGCAUUGGCCAGGAUACCCAAAUUGUUCGAACAAGAGAAAUGGCAAGAAGUAGUGACAAUAAUAACAGAAAAUUUAGCCAACGACGUAGAGGUAGAGGAUUGCGAAAAUUGGGUGAAAAAUUUAAAAACUCAAGUAGAAAUUCUAUUACAAUCGCUGUGGAAUAUGUCUGCAUAUGAGGAGUGCAUGAAAUGGGCUGAGAAAUGUUUGCACUUUUGCACUGUAAAAUGUCUAAAGGAAACAAAUAAAAUUCGACAACAGGAAUUGUGGUCAGUUGCUUUGGAUUUUAUCUACUCUUAUAUAGAAGUACUAAUCUUGAACGAAGGCAACGAUAUACUUCUUUGCUUAGAUGAGACGUUGGCGCGUCUCGUGCAAAAUACAAUUUGUGUGUUAUCAUUUCAUUUGGAUUCCAAUCAGGCUGUCGACAAAAGAGCUAAUCCAGAGCACGAAUUCAAUAUGAAACAACCUUUUGUUAUAUUGCAUCAAAUUAUGUUAAGAGAUGAGAAUAACACUUUAACGGUGGUUAAAUCCAAAAACAAUAAUGAGGUUGAAGAAGAAGAGGAUCCUCUGCCAGGCUCGUUCUCGAUAUUAUUCACGGCACAUGAAUUUUUAGGCAAAUUUCAAUGUUGCACACGUAACAAUGGCGAAUUUUUGCAUUACAUUUUAGAUGUCAUCGUACCCAUAAUAAGAGCACCGCUUUAUGACUCAUGUCGUGACUCUGUCUAUGAAUAUUUGGAGCAGGUGACUUUCUGUUUGUACGGUUAUCCUCAAAAGAAAGCACGCUCCCGUCAUUUAGAGGAUCACGAGGCCACAAAUGUAGAACUGACAUGGACGAAAGCAGUACAAGCAUUUAAUUUGUAUAGGCCAGAGUGUUUACCCGAAAUAAAUUCGUAUAAACUUGAAUCGAUAACAGCUGAUUUAGAACAAUUUUUCCUAAAAAUCGUCGCACUUAUGCCACCUGAAUUAGAUCCAACGCCCGCAACUACGAAGAUAUUAGAGUUUAUAAAAGGCAACGAUUACGGUUCACUGGAGCCCGCGCAUACUUCCUUGCCCUGUAGAGUACACUGUAUAUUCUACUUGCUGGCUGAUUAUUAUUUUAAAAAUCGCGACUUUUCCAAAGCGAUUAAGUAUUAUACUUUAGAUUUAACCAUAAGCCCCACACGCUUUGAUUCAUGGGCGGGUAUGGCAUUAUCUAAGGCGAGCAAAAUCGAAACGAGACUAAAUGGAUUGACUCCUUUGAAUCCAAAUCAUGUUUUGGCGGAGUCAGAGGAUACAAUUCGGUGUUUUGAAAUGUGCAUAUGUUUGAAUCGUCAACAAACUUUGCUUUGGAUUGAGUAUGGCUCUUUUACAUACACCCUGCACUCCUAUUGCUCACGUCAGUUAAAGAAUCCACCAGAAAAUUUGACAGCCGACCAAUCAUCACUGCUGCAAGCGCGUAAAGGUCGUGUAUUGAAUAUUUCGCACAACUGCUUUUCUUUGGCUGCUGCUUUGCAGAAUGCUGAAGAAACCGAUAGCGAGGAAAAUGGAGACUCUCAUGAAGAGAAAUGGUUGUGCCAAUAUAUGUUGGGAAAAAUUGCCGAAAAACAGAAGGAGCAUCCAAAAACGUAUCUGAACUUUUAUUUGAAGGCUGCCAAUAAUCUGUACGAAAGCAAUGCUACCUAUCCCAUUAAGAUUAAUCACAGCAAUCCAACAACGCUGUCUGUGGAAGCCUUGGAAAUUUUUUAUCGUACAAAUGCAUCCAUCAUUAAGUUCCUGGAACACCAGAAAGAAAUCUCACGAGAUAUUGGUAGUCAUCUUAGCAACGUUUUGAAGAGUUUAGCAAGCAGCCCUUUCGCUUUCAAUAAAGCAAAAAUAGACGGAAAUAGUUUAAACGCAUUGAAGCGCAAAGUAGUUGUUGACAAAAACGACCAGGCGAAAAUGCUUAAGGCUUGCAAGAAGCCCAAUAACGGUCCAAACUAUAGUCCAGCAGCUCGAACUGAAACGUCGAAGGAGAAUGAAAAGGAGGAACAAACACCUAAAGAAUGUCCACCUGAAACAAACAAAGUUCCUUCUGUACAAGCCCAGGAAUUAAACGGCGACAAGGCGGCAAGUAGUAGUAAAAGCAAUCCUUCUCGGCGUGAAUCAGAGGAAAGCGGUGUCACUGUUACAACCACUACUAUAACAAGCAGUACAACAUCAGUCACGAGUGGUACGGACUCAUCGUCAUCUGAAACGGACUCGGAUUCUGAUGGCUCUUCUAACGACUCAAAAAAACUCAAUACACCCUAUCCUUCAUACAAAGUUGAGAAUAUCUAUAAAAUUGUUGUGCAAAACUUAGAAGAGUGUGUAACACGAUUUCCGGAACACUACAAGUCAAUCUAUCGUCUGGCUUAUCAUUACAAAAACACAUCUUUUACAAAUCUUAAAAAUCUGCAUCGUUGCGAGGAGCUCAUGCUGGGCCAAUACAAAACUAGUUUAGAGAAUCAAAUUAACGGAGUGUUUUAUGAUAGAAAAUGGAAUAAUAUUUUCAAUGGCAUUUGGCGUAUACCGUCAUCGGAAAUUGAUCGACCUGGAAAUUUCUCAUCACAUCUGAUCAAAUGUACGACUAUUGUAAUAGAAUUACUGCUUGAAAAUAAAAAUCACAAAUUGUUGAUCGACGUGGGACUGCAACUCUAUAAGACACCGGAACAAGACAAACGCUACAUAAAGGACUGCGAAAGAGUAAAACUUUCUCAGCAAGCCUUAAAUUAUUGCUCUCAGGUUAUGCGGGACCUGCUGAAACAAAACAUGGAGAAUCGAAACGAUACUGAAACAUUGAAUCUCUUAAUCGACAUUUACAAAAUUCAUAAGAAAUGUUUAAAAUAUAUGAAUCAGAAGGAAGCGCUCUUCACCGAUCUUAUGAUCGAUGUGUAUAAAUUUUAUAUACAAAAUAAAGUCGAGAAUGUGCCGGAGAAUCUAAAUUUCUUGGAUUUGGCUAUUAAACUUUGCUUACACGAAAUCGCAUUUCGUCGCAAUCAGGAGAAAGUUAACUCCAGCGAAGGCGAUACGGCACCGGGCUUGUGUCAGUCAGCGCAACCAUUGAACACAAAGGCGAGACAGGUUUAUAUACCUGGACUAACCAUGCGUCAACGUGGAAAAUCAAAUUUGAACAAAAGUGCGGAUAGUGGGCUUGGUGCUGAAAAUUUGACUAAUAUGGGUGCCAUGCAAGUUCCCACAUCUUCCAGCGAUUCCAUUUGGCAUCAUUUACUUAGAGGGCAAUUCCCAUCAUUGGACAUGCAACCACUUUUGGAUGCGACUAAGCCAUUCAUGGAUAGUCAGCAACCCGAUCCAUUUUUAAUGAAGGGAAUUAUAGACCAAUACAAGGCCAUCUUUCAAUCGAUGCAAAAUGAGCAAAUAACAAAUCCUGCAAUCACAUCUACGCUUCCGCCAAUAUCCACAUCUUCAAUUCCAGUUCUCUCUACAAUGAACAGCCUUCCGACUCUAGCACCGAAUCCCAUAUUCCUUUCAACUGCAUUGCCCAUGGAGACUACAAUAACACCGGCUAUAACAAAAAAUACUCAGGAAACUACCGCUACUCUCACUCCAAUGAGUGCUGCACAAGCACUGGCCAAUUACGACAUAACGAUUACGCCAUUUUGCAACAUCAAUACAUCAAUGCCAAUGAAUUUACCCGUUGUUUCUACUGUAACCACCAAUAGUAAACCAAUAACCAGCGUCAAUCCAACAGAUUCAAAUGUAUCACAAUUCAUCUACAAUCCAAGUCCAGCAACAUCCGUAUCAAAUAUACAGCCUACAAAUUUUACUAUGAGUAUGAGUGGUCAAACAACGCAAUAUAAACCGAAAGGAUCUGGAAACAAAGUGGGUAAACAGCUAAAUGUCGCGCAUGCUCCAAUUGUAAAUCCGAUAGCUACAUUUGGUUGCAGCGACUUGUAUAAUCAACAAAUGCAAAUAUUUAUGAAUCUAAUGCAAGAUGCUAAUACCUUCCAGCAGCAACCACAACAACAAAACUUUUCAAUGCCAUCACAACAGAAGCCACGCACUGCCACAAAACGAAAGGCUAAACAAAGUGCCCCGAUCACCACCAUAACUUCGAAUAUAUUAACAAACACUGCCACUAAUGUCACACAAAUUCCAUGCAAGCACGAGCCAUUGAGUACGCCAACAACAAUACUUGCUGAGAAUCAUCCACUUUAUUGUCCCGCAAUGGAUGCGAAUGCUGCUGCUAUCAAGCAAUUGACCACCAUUUCGUUAGGAAGCACGGUAAGUUCGACUACUUUAACUAACCAAUUACCAUCAGGCGGAUCAAUGGCGCAAGCAGCAACAUUUUCACAGCCGCAGACUUCACCGCAGACUAUAGUCAGUCAACCAACAACACCAACAAAAACACUACAACAAAAAUUAGCCGAACGAAAAAAAGCUAAUCAACAAAAUGAAUCAAUGAACUUACCCAAUUCUAAUUUAAAUACGAAUACGGAAGUUAUAAUAUUAGACUGAUAAUAAUAUAUAAUUA